AUGAAUCACAAAGUCGAUACGCUACCUGCAUGGAGCAACAUGGCGCGCAUUGAUUGCUGCUACCCGCGCCAGCAUCAUCAUCCCAGCUCUGUGGAAGAUGUUGUGGCGUUAAUGCGGCGAUUGAAGCAGACGGGCGAGAGAUGCCGCGUUGCCGGGAACGCAAAGAGUCCCAAUUCCUGCACCUUCACAGACACACAUCUCAUUCACACAGACCGCCUCAAUCGCAUUCUUUCUGUUGAUGUUGCGCGGCAGCAAAUUGUCUGUGAAGGCGGGGCGUUGUUGCGGGACAUCUUUGAGAAGUUGAGUGAACACAACCUGAUGCUGCGAUGCGUGCCGUCGUAUGUGCUCACGACUAUUGCCGGAGCCAUUGGCACGGCGACGCACGGUAGUGGAAUCAAAACGCGGAGCCUCUCCGACUACGUUGUUAGCAUUGUGCUGGUUGACGGCAGUGGUGAGAUUCACACGUUUGAUGUGUCAACCCCCAAGGAGCUUUCACUGGCGGCGUGCCACCUUGGCAUGCUGGGCGUGGUGGUGCGGGUGACGAUACAAGCAGAGAGGAAACAAAUGUGGUGUCUCCGCAGCCACCCAAUUUCACUCCACAAGUUGACUGCGGGGGACACACUGAAGCGACGUGUCUCCGACUCCGUGUUCUACCGUUUUUUUUGGAUGCCCAACACGGACUCUUGCUACGAGUCCAUUGGCGCAUGCGUGGAGGAGACGGCGACGGGGCCAGGUGAUGAGACUGCCCCUCAUACCGCGUCAACCACGACGAUGAUGCCGGUAUUUGCAUUGCGGAAGGUAUCUCAAUUUCUGAAGGCGGUGCAGCGCCCACGCGGGGAGGCUGUGGACUAUCAAGCUUGGCUGGAGGUGCAGAAGCACCCGCGCACUCAGCUGUGUAAGGCUCUUAAGGGAAAUUGGCUACGACACGGUGUGGUUGAGGCGGCCCUCGCGGCUGCAACUACAUUCUCACAGCUACAGCCAUACAUCAACUGUGCCUACAACAAGAUCUACUACUCUGCGCCAGAGGUACAGUAUGGAACUUCACUGGAAUGUUUUACAUUUGACUGUCUCUUUAAGCAAUGGGCGUGCGAAUGGGCCAUUGAUGCCAGUAAAACCAUUGAGGCAUUUCAAAUUCUUCGUGAAAUUAUUGGAUCGCGGAACCUGAGCGUACAUUUUCCUGUUGAAUUCCGUUUUACGGACGCCGAUAAAACGGCCCUUUCACCCUCAUUUGGACGAAAGACAUGCUGGAUUGGCAUUGUCAUGUAUCGACCAUAUCUUCGUGAUGCACCGGAUACGCUGCAGUACUAUCAGGCAUUUAGUGACGCCAUGACAGCACUGGGGGGGAGGCCACACUGGGCUAAGUACUACGCCUGGGGGCCAUCGCAGUUAAAGGAGGCAUACGGGCAGAACUGGGAUGAUUUCUUGCAGCUCCGCCAGAAACUCGACCCCUGUGAUUUGUUCGUAAAUGGCUGGUGGAAGAGUCUGAGUGGGCAGGGACCGGUAUUCAACAGCACUAUUAGUCGUUUGUAA